CACACACAUUAUUUAUGUAAGAAGAAUCAGAAAUGUAGUCGGAAUCGGGAGAAGGGUGGGAUCUUACCUCUGAUUUCCAUAGACGCGGCGGAUGAGAGAGCGAUGAGGGUGUGUAGGGACAGUUAUUGAUCGGCAAAGCGUCGUAUCGGAGAUAGAUUUUGGGAAAGACGGGAAUUGUAGGUAGGGAAAAGGUUCAAUGGGGAAGAGGACCUUGACGAUUCGUGGGAAGCCUCGGAAGCCUGUAAAGGCUCCGUCGCCUACUCUGCCACAGCCUAGCGGUGUAGCUUCCCCCUCGUCCCUGAUUCUGACUGGGAAUGGGAUCACGGGAGCGGUGAAAGGGAAGAAGAAGGCAGUAGGAGCAAGGCUGUGGAUGAGGUUCGACAGGGAUGGGAAGUCGGAAGUCGUGGAAUUGGAUAAGAGCACGAUAAUCAGACGCGCCGGAAUUCCUGCUAGGGAUUUGAGGAUUCUGGGUCCCUUGUUCUCUCAAUCCUCUAAUAUUCUUGCCAGGGAAAAGGCCAUGGUUGUCAAUUUAGAGUUUAUAAAGGCUAUAGUUACGGCUGAAGAAGUCAUGAUACUGGAUCCUUUGUGCCAGGAGGUUCUUCCGUUUGUGGAUCAAUUAAGACAGCAACUGCAUCAUAAAAGUGAAUCUAGGACCCAUGAAGCAGACACCGCAGACGUAAAUGAAAAUGAAUUGCAAGUCUCAACCCGUGGGCACUGGUUACCUACGCCAGAAACUGUUGAGGGCUUGCAGUGUGAGCUUCCUUUUGAGUUUCAGGUUCUGGAGAUAGCAUUGGAAGUUGUCUGUACAUUUCUGGACUCUCGUGUUGCAGAUCUUGAGAGAAUUGCUUAUCCUGUGCUUGAUGAGCUGGCCAGGAACGUUAGCACUAAGAAUCUUGAACAUGUGCGGAGUCUUAAGAGCAAUCUAACCCACCUACUUGCACGUGUACAAAAGGUGAGGGAUGAAAUUGAACAACUACUAGAUGACAACGAAGACAUGGCAGAUUUGUAUUUAACAAGAAAGUGGAUCCAGAAUCAGCAAUCUGAGGCUUCGUUGGGAGCAGCAGGCACACAUGGCAACAACUCUACUACGCCUCAUCUUUUUCGAAUUAGUUCCAAAAGGAGUGGAAGUGUUGUGACAAGCAACUUUCCUGAUGAAGAUGAUGUUGAGGACUUGGAGAUGUUGCUUGAGGCUUAUUUUAUGCAGCUAGAUGGAACGCGCAACAAGAUAUUAUCUGUUCGUGAGUAUAUUGAUGAUACAGAAGACUAUGUGAACAUCCAACUUGACAACCAGCGUAAUGAACUCAUUCAGCUCCAGUUGAUAUUGACCAUCUUAUCAUUUGCUAUUGCUGCUGAAACCUUGAUAGCUGGGUCUUUCGGCAUGAACAUCCCGUGUCAAUUGUAUGACAAGGACGGCAUCUUUGAAAUUUUUGUUGGAAGCAUUACUGCAUUUUGUGUAUUGCUUUUCCUGCUCGUUCUAGGAUAUGCCAGAGGGAAGAAGCUCAUCGGCACCUAAAGCUCUCAUCCUGUUAUCAACUAUGGCUGAAACUUAAUAAUGGAGACCCACAAUUGUUUACCUAGUAAAUGGGUUAGUCAUUGAAUAAGUGGAAAGAAAAAAAAAAAAAUCAAAGAGAUUAAGUGCUCUUUAAAUUAUCAAAAAUUUGUUUUCCAAUCAGGACAGUAUAAAAAAAAAAGUGCACUGUAAAUUUUGAAAUUACAGUUGUAUCGUUAAGAAUUUUCUCUCUGCCGUUUCUGGAAUGAAAUACCUUUUGUUAA